GUGGUCGGGUGCUGACGGGUCAUUUGUGGCGAGAUGACGUCGAAGUGUUGUUUGCUGCUGGUUGUCAUGGCAGCCGUCACCAGCUCGGUGAUGGGCACCGCCGAGGUGAUGAGCCAUGUCACCGCCCAUUUCGGAAAAGCUCUCGAGGAGUGCAGAGAAGAGUCAGGGUUAUCUGCAGAGGUUUUAGAGGAGUUCCAACACUUCUGGCGUGAGGACUUCGAGGUGGUGCACCGGGAGCUGGGCUGCGCCAUCAUCUGCAUGUCCAACAAGUUCUCCCUGCUGCAGGACGACAGCAGGAUGCACCACGUCAACAUGCACGACUACGUCAAGAGCUUCCCUAACGGCCACGUGUUAUCGGAGAAGCUGGUGGGACUGAUCCACAACUGUGAGAAGCAGUUCGACAGUAUGACAGACGACUGCGAGCGCGUGGUGAAGGUGGCUGCCUGCUUCAAGGUGGACGCGAAGGCAGCCGGUAUCGCUCCAGAAGUCGCGAUGAUUGAAGCUGUAAUGGAGAAGUACUGAAGACCUGGCCUUAAUACCCUAAUGGACCAUUGACUGCUGCACUUAGUAAUAGAGAUGCAAUUUAAAAAACUACAAAAAAAAAUAAUGAAUAGUUUUUAUUUAAUAAUAUUGUAUUAAGUACAUUUUGUUGUGAUAUCGCCA